AUGGCACCAACCACACAAGAACCAAGCUUGGAAGAGCGCAUGAAAGCCGCUCUGUGGUUCUACGUUGGCAAGAUUGUCGACGAGGAAACCUUGAGGCUCGGUACAACUGCCACGAACCAGUUUACCGCGGGUCUCACAGAGAUCGUAUGGGCUCAGAUCGAAGGCGCUAGCUUGGACAUCGAGGCGUUUGCCAAGCAUGCCGGACGCUCGACAGUCCAAACGUCAGAUGUUCUGAUGCUUGGUCGUCGUAACGAGGGAUUAGAUCAGAUCCUUCGCGCAUUCGUGGAAAGCCAAGAGACACAGCGCCAAGAAGGCCUUGAGAAUGAGUCUUGA